CUACCAAUUUUUCCUUCUGGUAUUCCUCUGUAAGGUUACGUUAGUUCGGUAUAAACAGUCUGGGUCCAUUCGAUUUUUCUGAAUCCUUUUGUUUGGACCAUAUUUCUCCCUCAUCACUUCCAUUGGACCCAACAUUUCACAAUUUUUAUGAUUAUAUUCAUAUUGAUGAGAAAUGGUUCAAUAUCACAAAGGAAAAGGCCACCUUUUAUGCACUGCCAGAGGAAGAAGACCCACACAGAACAAUCCAAUCCAAAACACACAUACCAAAAAUAAUGUUUUUAGCAGCAGUGGGUAGGCCUAGGUAUGGGGCUGAUGGGGGUCUGCUGUGGGAUGGGAAAAUUGGCAUUUUCCUCUUCACCUAUCUUGCUGAAGCAAAAAGGGCUUCUAAAAAUAGGCCAGCAGGAACACUUGAAGUUAAGGCAGUGCCAGUUAUAGACAGGGUGGUCAUGAAAAAUAUUUUGAUUCAAAAACUUCUGCCAGCAAUCAAGGAAAAAUGGCCAGGACCAACUAAACAUGUUAUCAUUCAGCAAGAUAAUGCCAAACCACAUGUGGAAGGAAAUAAUCCAGAGUUUCUAGCAGCUGCAGAAGAUGGAGAUUGGAACAUUGAACUGAAAUUUCAGCCACCCAAUAGCCCAGAUUUAAAUGUACUUGAUCUGGGUUUCUUUAGGUCAAUUGACAGUAUUCAAGAUCAAUCAGCCCCUAGAAACUUAAGUGAAUUGAUAAAUGCUGUAACCACAGCAUUCCAGGAUAUCCCACAUGAGAAGUUGAAUAAUGUUUUCCUAACAUUGCAAGGAGUUAUGGGUGAGGUUCUUAAGAACAGAGGUGGCAACAAUUUCAGAAUACCUCACAUUGGGAAAGCAAUGUUAGCUAGGGAAGGAAGGCUGCCAGACAAUGUAGGGGUCACCCAAGAAGUUUAUGAACAGGCAAAACAUUUUCUGGAGGAACAAAUGUGAACUUUUUUGGAAGUUCUUUUUUGUAUGUACAAUAGGGCAUGGGAAAAUUACAAUAUUCUCUUGUACUCCCAAGUCAAUGUACAAAUGUAAUCAGUGUAGCAUCUAACUUGAGGUCACCAGGCAGUUUGGUCAGGGU